GGGGAGACGCAAGAUGGCGGCAGCCGUGAACUCCGGCUCCAGCCUCCCGCUGUUCGACUGCCCGACUUGGGCAGGUAAACCGCCACCAGGCUUACAUCUGGAUGUAGUGAAAGGAGACAAGCUAAUUGAGAAGCUGAUUAUUGAUGAGAAGAAGUAUUAUUUAUUUGGGAGGAACCCCGAUCUGUGCGACUUUACCAUCGACCACCAGUCUUGCUCUCGGGUCCACGCAGCACUGGUGUACCACAAGCACCUGAAGAGAGUUUUCUUGAUAGAUCUCAACAGCACACAUGGCACUUUUUUGGGUCAUAUCCGGCUGGAACCGCACAAGCCUCAGCAGAUUCCCAUUGACUCCACGGUCUCGUUCGGCGCGUCCACGAGGGCGUACACUCUGCGAGAGAAGCCUCAGACACUGCCAUCGGCUGUGAAAGGAGAUGAGAAGAUGGGCGGAGAGGACGAUGAACUUAAGGGCUUGUUGGGACUUCCUGAGGAGGAGACCGAGCUGGAUAACCUGACAGAGUUCAACACUGCCCACAACAAGCGGAUUUCAACCCUCACUAUUGAAGAGGGAAAUCUGGACAUUCAGAGACCAAAGAGGAAGAGGAAGAACUCGAGGGUGACCUUCAGUGAUGAUGAUGAGAUCAUCAACCCAGAGGAUGUGGAUCCGUCUGUUGGUCGCUUCCGGAACAUGGUGCAGACUGCAGUGGUUCCAGUCAAGAAGAAGCGGAUGGAGGGCUCAGGCUCCCUGGGCCUGGAGGAGUCAGGGAGCAGGCGCAUGCAGAACUUUGCCUUCAGCGGAGGACUAUACGGGGGCCUGCCCCCCACACACAGUGAACCAGGCUCCCAACCACAUGGCAUUCACGGGACAGCGCUCAUUGGUGGCUUGCCCAUGCCAUACCCGAACCUCGCCCCUGAUGUGGACUUGACUCCUGUUGUGCCGUCAGCAGUGACCAUAAAUCCCACACCAAACCCCGCAGUGUAUAACCCUGAAGCUGUAAAUGAACCCAAGAAGAAGAAAUACGCGAAGGAGGCUUGGCCCGGCAAGAAGCCCACGCCUUCCUUACUGAUUUGAUAUUUUUGGUUAUGGAGAGGGUGGGGAGGGCUGGGGAGGGUGGAGGGGUGACAAGGGGAGCUACUGAACUAGGGAGAAAACUUUCCAUGUGUGCAGUAUCGUCUUUGAGAAAGUCUCCUAAGGCCCUAACCAUGUAAUACUGAGACUAGGGGCGGGGCUAGAGGACCAGUAAAGACCUGAGUCAGAACACUGAAGUGCAGAGAAAGGCUGCCCAGGCCUUCUGAGCAGACUGUCCUGGCCCUCUCCCAGUGGAGAGGUCCUGUCCUGUCUGGUGGCAUGAGGCCAGUUUGUAACCAGUGUCACAGGACAGGCUAAUGGGUUUGUACAGUGUUGCUGGACGUUACCUAGUUUCCUUGUCCACAUUGAGAACUCAUUUAGUUCCACUGCAGCCUCCCCUGUGGCCUCGCUGUUUACGGGUGCCAUGAGGCAGUUCCUUAAGGAGUGACCCGUUGGGGCAGUUCUGGUGGACAGGAAGACUACUUUGCAGGGACCGGGUGUUGUUAGGAGAAGACACUCAGGCAUUGGUUUGGAGGCUCCCCUGACCCCCAUGGAGAGUUCUGGUUAUUCAAAUCUCCAGAAUAGACCUGGUUAACAGGAGACAAGGUAGGAACCAUUGUAUGAGCUUUGUACAGAUUUGUACAUUUGUGUAAUAGGCCUUUUCUGCUUUAAGUGUAGCUUUUUACCUGUCACCUUUAUUACAUUGUAAAUUAAAUGUAACUUUUGU